AUGUCAUCCGAACAAUCUAAAUCAUCAUUUCGUGUAAUGACAUACAAUAUUCGUAUGGAUACGUUUUUUGACGGAAAAAAUCGAUGGAGUUGUCGUAAGGAUCGUGUUGUUAACCUUAUUCGUUCCUACGCACCAGAAAUAUUUGGUGUUCAAGAAGCUCUUUCUCAACAAAUGACUGAUCUACAACGUGAUUUACCUAAUUAUGGCUCGUAUGGUGUUGGUCGUGAUGACGGUAGGGAUAGUGGUGAAUAUUCUGCAGUAUUUUAUCGUCACGAUCGUUUUGAACUCCUCGAUCGAGGUACAUUCUGGUUGUCAAAGAAUCCAGACACACCGGGCAGUAAAGGCUGGGAUGCUGAUCUCCCACGAAUAUGUAGUUGGAUAAAACUGAAAGAUCGUUUAACGAAUAAAGAAAUCUAUUAUUUUAAUACACAUUUUGACCAUAAAGGUACCGUUGCGCGCCAAGAAAGUGCUCGAUUGAUUUUAGAUCGUAUUCAACAGAUCACGGGAUCUGGAACACCAGCAAUAUUAACUGGUGAUUUUAAUACAGGACCUGAAUCAGAUGCUUAUCAUACUAUUAUAACAAAUAAUAUUCUUCAAGAUACCCAACUUUUAACUGAAUCAUCUCAUUCUGGUCCUCAAGGUACUUGGUCUACUUUCGACGUCGGACAUGGUAUAGGCGAUCGAAUAGAUUAUAUUUUUAUUACACCAUUACACUUCAAAGUAUUGAAUCAUGCUCAUUUAACUGAUUCGCAAGAUAAGUGUUAUCCAUCCGAUCAUUUACCAGUCUUGACAGAAUUAGUUUAUACACAUUAA